GGUUGUUUUCCCUAUCCCUCAUAAUGCCAAUAGAUGACAGGAUAUAUAGAAGGAACUCACGAUCGACACAAACAGAACAUACAAGUAGUGCAAGAAGCGACUCUACUCAACCAAAACGAUCAACAUUAUUUUCUUCGGUAAUCAACUUUGUUACCACUGCCACUGCAACAGCAUCGUUAGAAUUUGAUCGUUUAUGCGAAUCCAUCGGACUGGCAAAUAAAGGAGACGAAAGCGAGUACGAGUACGUUACAGAAGAAAGUGAAGAGGAGAUAGAAGAGGAUGAUGAAGAAAUAAAGGAAGACACGCGACGGUACGCAUAUGUCGGCAGUACCUAUAACAUUUACCAAGAUUCAGAUGUUGACCAGCUGGAAAUCACUACUCCUUCCGCCUCGAAGAUUUUGCAUCAACCGAAGUUACCACCAGUAGCGAAGACAACACAGACAUCAAUACAUACUCCAGGGCCGCGACGCUGGACACCCCCUCGAACGGCGCCGUUCACUAAGACAGAAGAAUCAAGUUCUGAAGAGGAGCAAUGGAAACCACCAGAUGUAAUGGCUCAAGUCAGGCGGAUCAACGAGAAACUAAAACUCAAUGGAGUAUACGAAUUCAAAUCACCACUCUCAGCACCUCAUUCUCCUUCACCAAUAUCCCCCUUCCACCGCAAACUACACUUCAACGCUCCCGAACAUGAAUCAGCAAUCACAGCUGAUCCAAAAACUUUCCCACAAGCUUCUCCUGAGCGAUCACCCAAAGAUGCAGUCAGUACCAUUAAAUCUGAACCAAUAGAACCCACACUCGCUAGGGAUGAUCAUGCGUCACAAACAAAAGAGGCACCUGGACAAUCAUCGCGCAGAGUAACCUUUGCAAGCCCAGAUCGGUCUGAAACAGAUGAAACUUCGGACACUCCAAGCAGCCAAUUGCACCAUUAUAAUUUGCAGUUAGAGAGGGAACGGGUAGAGCGUCUUGAGAUGGAAUUAGCCUCUGUCAAGGCAAAGGUUGAGUCACUAACAUCCAUAACAACCAAAGCUGAUAAGAAGGAAAGCACAUUGACGCAUGAUUCUCAUGAUAAGCCACCUGAAGACGCACUACCGUCACCUUCUACUUCACCAAGUCGACACCAUACCAAGGAUAACCAGAAUAAGCGAUAUUCGCCUAUUUUAGGACGACCGACGCCUCUUAUCCAUGUCCCCGCCAAAACCAAUGUUCUUGAGCACGUUAACCUUAAAUCAAUUAAUAUACAAGACAAUAGCCUCCAUGAUAUAGCAAUCCCGCCGCCUAAUCCAGAGAUGCGAAAAGUCCUAUCACAAAUUCCGCAAGUCAAACUGCGGCAGGCAAAUCUGAUAAAACAAGCUGAUGGAACGUACAUUGUCAACAAGUUUUGGAAUGAAAUAUACAACAGUGAAGUCGCGCAGUUAAACGAGCAUGCUCAGGCCACUCCAGAACCCCUGGUCACCCUUGCUAAACCAAGUAAAUGUAACAAUACUGCGCAACAUAUUGAAUCGUCUCCGCAGUCCAAUCCUCUGAAGCGCAAGUCUUUUGAAUACGAUGAACAUAUCAAUGGACAUGAGGAUAGCAUUACCAAGGUUGCGAAGCUUUCGUAACUAUAGAAAGAUGGAUAGGAUUUAUACUAAGGGUAUUGGUUUUUGCUCCGAGAAGUCGGACUGGCCUUUCACGAUUCCCAGCCUUAUCCCAGCUGCCCACAGGUUUUUUUUUUUUUUUUUGUAUUUUGAGCCUCCGGUAAAACGUAAUUUAUAUCUCAAUCUUAUAUAAAAUCUACCUUUUUAUACACCGUUGU